UCCUCAUGACGGCGACCAAGAUUGAUGGCACUGCCAUCGCCCGCAGCAUCCGCGAGCGUCUGGGGGCUCAGAUCAAGCAGCGCCAGGAGACAAAUCCUCGCUAUCGCCCGUCAUUGAGGAUCGUGCAGGUGGGCGACAGGUCCGAUUCGAGUAUGUAAAACAGUCGAUCGUCCAGUCGCCAGUCUUUGGGCCGCUGCAGUCUUUGACAACCCUGCAGGUACCUAUGUGCGCAUGAAGCUCAAGGCCGCUCAUGAGGCCAACAUCGACUGCGAGCUCCUCCAUCUCCCCGAGGACGUGUCCGAGGCCGAGCUGCUCCAGAAAAUCGACUCCUUCAACAACAACCCCGACGUCCAUGGCAUUCUCGUCCAGCUACCCCUCCCUAAGCACAUCUCCGAGCACACUAUAACGUCAGCUGUUGCCGACGACAAAGAUGUAGACGGCUUCGGCAUCACGAGCAUUGGCGAGCUGGCCAAGCGUGGCGGCCGUCCGCUCUUCACACCGUGCACACCCAAGGGCGUCAUGGUUCUCCUCAAGGAGGCCGGUGUUGACUUGAAGGGAAAGAAUGCGGUCGUGUUGGGAAGGAGUGAUAUUGUCGGCAGUCCCGUCAGCUAUCUUCUGAAGAACGCCGAUGCAACCGUCACAGUAUGCCACUCCAAGACGGUCAAUCUUCCCGAGAUCGUCAAACAAGCGGACGUUGUGGUGGCAGCUAUCGGCCAUCCUGCCUUUGUCAAGGGUGACUGGAUCAAACCCGGUGCAGUGGUCAUCGAUGUCGGCACGAACUACAUCCCCGAUGCAAGCAAAAAGUCGGGCCAGAGACUCGUUGGCGACGUCGAGUUUGAGGCCGCAGCAGAGGUCGCCUCACAGAUCACGCCUGUGCCUGGAGGUGUAGGACCAAUGACUGUCGCCAUGCUCCUGCAGAAUGUCGUCGAUUCUGCAGAUGCUGCAUUUGAGAGGCUAAAAACGAGGCGUAUCCACCCCUUGCCGCUUAAGCUGCAAGGUCCAGUCCCGUCAGAUAUUGCUGUCUCGCGAAGCCAACACCCUAAACCUAUCACGUCUGUGGCUUCGGAGGUUGGGAUCCUCCCUCACGAGCUGGAACAAUAUGGUGCCACCAAGGCCAAGGUUGAUCUGAAACUUCUAAAGAGAUUAGAACACCGCCGAAAUGGCCGGUACAUUCUGAUCGCAGGCAUAACUCCCACUCCACUCGGUGAAGGUAAAUCGACGACGACUGUGGGUCUGGCGCAAGCCCUGGGCGCUCAUCUUGGAAAGAUCUGCUUCGCAAAUGUGAGGCAACCCAGUAUGGGCCCGACCUUUGGCAUCAAAGGUGGCGCUGCAGGUGGUGGUUACAGUCAGGUCAUCCCCAUGGAUGAGUUCAACCUGCAUCUCACUGGCGAUAUUCAUGCCAUCACGGCCGCAAAUAACUUGCUCGCCGCUGCCAUCGAAACACGCAUGUUUCACGAAAACACACAGAAGGAUGGCGCGCUCUACCGAAGGUUGGUGCCAGAAAAGAAGGGAAAGAGGGAAUUUGCCCCCAUUAUGUUUCGCCGCUUGAAGAAACUAGGAAUAGACAAAACAGACCCCAACGAACUCACUGAAGAUGAGAUCCGCCGAUUUGCGAGACUAGAUAUCGACCCGGAUACCAUCACAUGGCGCCGCGUGCUUGACGUGAACGAUCGCCAUCUGCGCCAGAUCACGGUCGGAAGAGCGCCGACCGAGAAGGGCCACACUCGUGAAACCGGCUUCGAUAUCUCUGUCGCAAGCGAGUGCAUGGCCAUUCUCGCACUCAGCAACGAUCUUGCAGAUCUGCGUGAGCGGUUAGGCCGCAUGGUAGUUGCCAGUUCGCGCAGCGGGGAUCCCGUGACAUGCGACGAUAUUGGCGCAGGUGGCGCGUUGACCGCGCUACUCAAAGAUGCCAUCAAACCGAACCUGAUGCAGACUCUGGAGGGAACCCCUGUUUUCGUCCACGCAGGCCCCUUCGCGAACAUUAGUAUUGGAGCGUCGUCGGUCCUAGCGGAUAAGUUGGCCCUCAAGUUGGCGGGCACGGAACCCGACGAGGACCAUGACGAAAAGACAGGAUAUGUCGUCACCGAAGCCGGCUUUGACUUUACAAUGGGCGGAGAGCGCUUCUUCAACAUCAAGUGCCGCUCCUCCGGCCUUGUUCCCGACACGGUCGUCAUCGUCGCAACUGUACGCGCGUUGAAGGUGCACGGCGGCGGCCCAGAUAUUGCGCCUGGUGCGCAGCUGCAAGAAGUCUACCGAACCGAGAAUAUCGACCUCCUCCGAAAAGGCUGUGUCAAUCUGAAGAAGCACAUCCAGAACGCGAAACAGUUCGGCGUGCCUGUUGUCGUGGCCAUCAACCGCUUCUCAACCGACACGCAGGCCGAGAUCGACGUAAUCAAGGAGGAGGCACUCGCUGCUGGUGCAGAAGAUGCCAUCCCAGCCAACCACUGGGCCGAAGGCGGCAAAGGUGCUGUGGACCUGGCCAAGGGGGUCAUCGCCGCAAGUGCCAAGCCCAAGCCCGACUUCAAACUUCUGUACGAAUUGGACGGGACUGUACAGGACCGUAUCGAGAAGAUUGGCAAGGUCAUGUACGGCGCAGACAAGGUCGAGUUUUCCGCCCUUGCCCAGAAGAAAGUGGAUACGUAUGUCAAGCAGGGUUUCGGGAAUCUGCCUAUCUGCGUCGCAAAGACUCAAUACUCUCUCAGCCACGAUCCGGCAUUGAAGGGUGCGCCGACGGGGUUCACGGUCCCCAUUCGCGACGUGAGAAUGGCGGCCGGCGCUGGCUACUUGUAUGCUCUAGCGGCGGACAUUCAGACCAUCCCUGGUCUACCCACCGCCCCGGGAUAUCUCCAUGUCGAUGUGGACACCGAAACUGGCGAGAUUGACGGUUUAUUCUAGACGUCACCCUGUUGGGUGCACUACGGCGUUGUUGGGAUUCAUGCAGAUGGCAGUUUCGACUCCCCGACUUAGAGGUUCAUUCAACAUUCGACAAGCAUGGCGAAAUGGUAUUUUUCAACAUUGGCGAAGUCACACUUCGGAGCUCUGCUUAGAGAGAUCAUCCCGAUUCUAUAUUUCACAUAGAGAUUUCCAACUUCAGGCAGCGAAUCAGCAUUUGUUAGAGCGGG